AUAUCUAUCCUUCAAGUUUAAAUUUAUUUAUGGAUAAUAACCAAUGUGUUAGAAUCUUGGUUUGACUUUUCUUGACUUAUAAAAAGACGAAUAAAAGUUAGUUCUCUAAGGUAUAUUAUUCAUAAUUAAUUGUAAACUAAGUGAGUUCUUUAAGGUAUACUAUUCAAGAUUAACUGUAAACUAACUUGAAACAAAUAAAUUGUUACAAGUCUAUUCAUUUAUUUGUGUACUAGAUGGAACAUGAACAUCGUAGAUGGAUGUACGAUAGGAAUCAUCCUAAUCGUUGUGGCUUAAAGGAAGAAUUUGUUGAAGGUGUUAAAGGAUUUAUUGCUCAUGCAAAAACACUUCCUGAAUUUCGUAACGAAGGAACAAUUAGGUGUCCUUGUGUGAAAUGCAAGUGUACAAAGUUGUUGCAACCAGAAAAUGUUAAAGAUCAUCUUUAUAGCAAGGGGUUUAGGGAAAAUUAUUAUAUGUGGACUGUUCAUGGAGAGAACUAUUGUAGUGUUGGUGAUGUUCAUUUUCAAAAUCUAGUUAGUGGUGAAAGUACACAAAUGGAGAAUAAUGUUGAGAAUUCUCGAUUACAUGAAAUGGUGUCAGAUGCUUUUGGUUUUUACCCAGGGGUUCAAUCACAACAAAAUGUUGUUGAGCCUCCCAAUGAUGAGGCAAAACGCUUCUAUGAAUCAUUAGAGUCGGCUAGUCAUCCACUCUAUAAAGACUCAAUGCACUCUGAGUUGUCUGUUGCAAUUAGAUUACUAACUAUUAAAUCAGAUUGGAAUAUUUCUCAAGCGGGCAUGAGUACUAUAAUUGGGCUCAUGUGUGAAGUUAAUCCUAGCAUUAACUUACCCAAUGAUUACUAUAAAGCAAAGAAAUUGGUUUCCAAGUUAGGACUUUCCUCAACAAAAAUUGAUUGUUGUGAAAAUGGUUGUAUGUUAUAUUAUAAAGAUGAUGCGGCUCUAGAAGCGUGCAAAUUUUGUGGACUGUCUCGUUUUAAGGAAGUCACAAAUGCCAAAGGUAAAAAAGUUACAGUUAAGAAGAUGCAUUACUUACCAAUUUGUGGACUGUGUUUAUACAAUUAAGUUACUUAUAAGGUAAUUACAAUUAGUUCUUCUGUGCUUCUGCUUUUGUUUGAACAUUCAUAAACAAAAUGGGUAGGUUGGUUUUAUGCAUAUAAUUGUAGUAUGAUAGAUUUCAGUACCUUAAUGUUCCAUACUUAUACAUAAUAUUUUGGGGUAGUAGUGUUAGCAUGCUACAUUUGUAGUAGUAAUAGUAUAGAGUUUAGACUUAAGUUGAUAUUUCAUAUUACAAUUCCACAUUUUCUCUCUACUCUCUUGUUUCAUUAUUGCAUAGAGGUAGAUUUUAGAGUAUUAGCUUUCAUGCUCUGUAAAAAUUUUAAAGUAAUUGGAAUCUUUGUUUUCUGUUAAAGUAAUUGGCAUUGUAGUAUAGAGUGAACAAAGCUAAGAUUCACCAGUUAUUUUGUACUAUGUGGGAUCUGGGCUUCUUUCUUUUUUGACUAAAGAUAAUGUAGGUGGAGAGCAGUUAAUGAGUUCAUGGGUUGUUUAAUUAGGUUCUUGAAUGUCUCUAUCUGAGAACCGUUUUUGUUCGUGGCUAAUUCUUCUUGAGGUAGUUGAUAAAAAUACUAUCCUGGAAAUUUUGUUUGAUUAUUGAAUAGAGAAGUUGGAAUUUCCGAGGUUUUUUGAAAACUUGUGAUUUGUUUAUGCCCAAUUAUUUGAUUGGUCAGUUGAAAAGAUAUUGGGCAAGAUCCUGAUUUCCGGAUACAAAUUGGAGUUUUGGAUAUAUAUGGAUUUGAAUGCUUUAAGCAGAACAGUCUAUAUUGAAAUCGAAGAUUAUGAGAUGCGGCUGCCGGUCAUUUUCAAGAAUAGAGAACCGUUUCAUGGACAUAGCACUUUAAUUUUGCUUUUUUCAUAUUUUAUUUAACAGGAAAAGUCUUUAAAAAGACCAGCUACUCAAGAUGAGGUAUUUGAGCAUACACAUAUGAUCAAGCUAGAGGAUGAAACAAAGACAACUUGGAUCGAGCCACGGGCCGAGACAACCUAUAAUACUUUCAAACAAUCCUUGGAGGAGUUCAUUCAAAGCCAACCAACUGAUGAUCAAGGAAAGCAAAUCCAACCAUCCCAGGAGAAUUAUAUGGAUUUGUGGAUUAAGGCGGCUAGUGGCGUACAUAAGGGAAUAGUUUACGGCCUUGGAUCAGAGUUUAGUUCUAGUCGUCGGUCGAUGGCUCUUCUUCCUCAAAGUCCUCGAUUAAUCAAGAUGAGUUUGAGCUAUUGAAUAGAAGAAUAGCAGAGAUCACUGAGUUGUAUGCACAGUAAAGAGGGCUGCGCGGGAGGAGGCAAAGCGAAGGGAGGAAGAAGAUAGGCAGAGGGAUGAAGAAAUGAGGCGAAAGGAUGCUGCAUUUACACGUGUCACUGGUGACGUUGAAAGCCUCAAGGCCCAGCUAAACUACCUCUUAGCAUCUGGUGGAUUUCCCGUGCCACGUUCUCCAUCACGCUCUAACAAGACUAAGGAGUAGUUUCUUUUAUUAAUAUGAUUUUGGGUAGGACUAUGAUGGUGGAUGUUAUGUAUCAAUUGGAUAAGAUUGAAUGCUGAAUUUCUUAUUUGAAUGUUAAGUUGCAUUAUUGGUUUCUAGUAUUUUCAGUUUUGGUUGGUUGUUAAUUAAUGAAAUGGAUCGGAAGAUGCUGAUUUUUA